AUGUAAAUAAUUAUAUAAGUUCGAACCUAAUUAAGUCAGAAAAAAGUUUCUUAAAACGAGUCUGAAAUUUCGCUUGAGGCUUAAUUUAUUAACCGAGUUUGAGAUUUUUAUUUUAUCGAUUAAGUUUAUAAUUACGCUCGCGAGGUUUAAUGCUCACAGAUCCACUAGUUUUAAUUUUGUUGUAAUUUAUGUUAUUAGCUUAAACGAAAUAAAUGACAUAUAUAAAGGAAAAAAUGACCAAAACCUCCUCCUCCUAAGCCCAGGGCUGGAAUCGUAACAGCGUUCCCCGGCUAAUUUAUUUUAAAGAAGAGUGGGUUUUCGAAUCCUGCUUUCUCUCUUGUUAUUGGGUCCUUUUUUGACAAAUUGUGAUUUGCUCCAAUUAAAAAAAAAAACUAUAAUAUUGAACUCGCCCACAGAGAUAAGCCCGAAAAUAUUUCAAUUUUGCAUCUAUAGCAAAAAAUCCACCUCGUUACGUCAUCGUCACCCGAUAAAAGUUAACUCUGCAUGUCCUUAAUCGUAUCCUACCUAUAAAGGCCAACUGACGCAGGCUACACCCACGUAAAGGCAACUUAAUACAUUCCGAUCGUAAACGCAUAAUUUGGUUUACCGAAAUCCUAUUUCAAACCCUUAAACCACAAAAGGAUGAUUUUCGCCGAUGCCGCUACCUAAUUAGAAAAUAUUUCGCGCGCCAUUUGUAAAAGGUUUGGUUUGUUUUAACAUUUAAAUAUCUGUACGUGCACCAACUUUUGGCGGUUGGAACAUGCGCAGUAGCUCUCGUCAGCAAGUUUGGCCGUGGGCUUCAUUUAGUUGCUUCGCGGUACCUAGAGGUGCCGUGCGCGGUCGCAGAUUGUCGGUAAAAGUCCGAGCGUCUUUUUUCCCAAGUAUACCCACCGAGUGCUAUAUGUAAGCAUAUAUGGAAAAGUAGUAAAGCAUGUAUAUGUGUGUUUAGAGAGCUGAAACUCUAUUUCCCCUCAAAGCUAGGUGUGUGCCUGUGAUUCUAUCGCGCGAGGUAUCAUCAGAUGAUAAGAGAUGUUAAGCUUGCCACCGUCAGGCUGGAAUGGUGGUGAGGUGCGGGCGGUCAACACGAAGAAGAUAUACUCUAGGAGGCCCUGGUAUGCGCCGCCUGUCGACCCUCAAGAAUCGUUGACAGACCAGGAGGAGUAUAACAACAGAGAGUACGAGUCGGAAAACGCGGGGGAGCGCGCCGAGCCCGAGGUGUACUAUGACCCGAGCCCGCCUGAGUACGACGACCCAGUGACGUCGCGGGUAUACCAGAGCCUGCCAUCCGCGCCCAACCCGGUCUCACAGGCUACGCCCACCGCCAGCUCCUUCACAGGCUUCUCUAUCGCUAAUGCUGUCAAUUUGAGAGAAGCAGCCCUUGUCGCGUUGGGAGGAGCAAGCGCAGCUUUAGUGCUACUUCUCAUAAUGGCGGGCGUGUUUGUGGCGCGCAGACGCAAGAACAGUCCCUUGCCGACGCCGUCGCCGCCGAUCCUGGUCUACCCGCCUCAUGACAUCGCCGGACCAUGCUACAUGACCAAAGAAGUGAACUUCUCGCUGCCUACGCUGCGUUCGUCGUCGCUCGGCGAGCUACGUGACGUCAUCUCCGUGAGCAGCCUGGGCAGCGAGGUGCUUUGCCCGCCCAUGCCCUCGCAAAUACGGUCCAAUUCAUUCACAAACACGGCCGACCUCGGAGUGUUGGACCCAUCUCUCUACAAAUCGGAUUGCCUCGACGAAGACCUACUCUGGCCCGAAGGCCACGUGGGGCGCGUGUGGUUCACGCUGAAGUACGAAUCCACCACGGAGAGACUUCAGGUGCACAUUUUGAAGGUGAAACAUCUGCCAUCUCGCACCCCUGCUCUUGCCAAUGCCUGCGAUCCGUAUAUAAAAAUCCAACUGAUGCCAGACGAGAGAAGAGUUCUUCAAACCAAGCAAAAGAAGAAGUCCUGCAACCCAAUGUUUGACGAGACGUUCGUAUACCAAAUCCCACCUGGAAAACUGGACGGACUUACACUCAAGCUGUCGGUCCUGGACUCUGGCCGAGUAGGCAAAGGGAAGCAGCUUAUCGGACACGUCAUCCUGCCGCUGUCAGAACUCGAAGGCAUUGCUCCUGACGAAGAACCACAGCUGUAUAAAAUGGAUAUUGAAAAGGAACUUCAAGAACCGACAUCGGACUUAGGUGAAAUAUUGGUGUCUCUACUGUACAACGAGAAUCUACAUCGGCUCACAGUCACAGUCAUAGAAGUCAAAGGGUUAAAGCUCGACCCGUCUUCAAGCAAACGCGAAAUGGUGGUCCGCGUGACGCAGGAACGCGCAUGCCGCGGCGUACGCGCGCGGCGAACAGCAGCCGUCGAGGUCGCCGACGACGGGAGCGCGAUGGUUUCAGAAUGCUUCCACUUCAGACUGCGCGCGGACGAGCUACAUACCACGAGUGUGACCGUGCAGGCGUUGCAACCACACUCGGUUUAUGCCAAAGACCGUCUGCUCGGCAAGUUCAUGCUCGGCUCGUACAUGUUCGCCCGCGGCCGGGCGCUGCAGCACUGGAACUCGGCCCUCGCUGCGCCCAUGGAACAGGUCAAGCAGUGGCACCCGCUCACCAAUUAAACGACUCGGCCAAAAUAAACGCGUAUCCAGAUUUUUUAAAUAUGAUAUACCUUAACCACGGAUCUAUAUGUAAAGCGGAUUGAACUGUACGAUCAAAAAGUAUGACCGAAACAGAAGUUAAAAUAGAGCAUUGCAUCUAGUUUUGAUUACGAUAUUCACGACAUUUGAUAGCAAUAUAUCAAAUGGUAAGUAAUAAGACACGGCACUCUGUUUUGAUGCUCUAUUUCGGACCGUUUUCGCUAGUAACUAUCCAACGAGUAAGGUCAACUACUUUGCUCGGUUGCAAGGCUCAAUUAUGAUUAGCCAAAUAAAAUAAUAGUACCUACUGUCCGGGCUAGAUAUAUGUAGAUCCGUGAUAUGGGUAUAUAGCCGGUCAAACAAGUUUGUUAGUGGAAUAAAAUCAGUUUUUGCCAAAAGUUUCAUUUUUGGUUCGAGAUUUUAUCGCUGAGUGCACUUUCUUUCCACAGGCAACUAACACUUAUCGAGACAAUCCUAACAACCCCAAACACAAUUAGUUUGCCUUGUUUAGAGUUCCCAUGGCCACCUCCUGUCUCCAUCAUCAGAUCGGCUCCAUGUCAUCAUAAUUCACAUUGUCAUCUGAUUUACAUAUGUGUGCAAAAUUUUAGCUCAAUCAGAAAUCGGGCACUGGGUCAAAAUUAGCUUCCAAGAUGUGACCCACACACACUAACUAACAAGACAAGAUAAAUAAAAGCUUAUAAAAAGGCUCGAAUUUAAAAUCUUCUAUAAGACGAUAACCCUUCGCGCCUACAUUUUUUAAAUUUGCCGUUUUUUCUACUGACGGAAAUGGCUUAGACUAUAUUAAUAUAAUUUGACACACCUCGUGCACCAAUAAAUAAGUGCGGGCAAAAGGCAUUGAUAUAUCAAAAUAUUUUUGAAAUUUGAAUACGCCACAAGGAAAAUACGAUAUCAAUAUUGCUAACACUGACUUACUGUUUUGAUUUUAUGAGGUCAUUGCUUGAAUCUGUUGCUAAUGUUGAAUGAUUGAGAAUUAAAGGGUUUUUCACCACCCCAACUGGUAAAGGCCCUCUGGAUUGUUCAAAAACGAAUGAGAAAGUUGCAUUUUAUCCACAUGUGGGGCAAAGUAAUCAGAUGAAAAUUUUGAGUUGUUUCUUUAUGUUAGCUGGUAGAAUUGACUUUUAAAUGAUGAUUUUGAAUGAUACAAUUUUUAUUACGUUCAUUUGGAUUUGAUUUGGUUCGAUUUUUUUGGUAUUUCACAGUAUUUUUCUCGCGUUGGUGUGGUGAAAAGGGUUUUUUUACAUACCUACUUAACAAUAGUUUUAACGUUAGUUUUAAUUUUGUAAUAUUAUAUUUUAAUUUAGAUUAUAAAAUUAGGAAUGAAAAGUUGGAUGCGCCCACAGAAAAUAAUAAGAAAAUUAACAACGGAUACGACGUUCGAUAUUAAAACAAUAAUAAGAUUUGCAAAAAUCUUUUUUCAAUUACCUACCUAUAGAUAUCGCUGUCUAACAAUCACAGAAACAAUUAUUUUACAAAUCGAACACCCAGAUUUAUGUUAGACAUCAUUAUCUAAUUCUGUAGCCUGUGAAUAUGGCGGUUGAAAUUUGAAUAUUGAGCACGGGGCGCAUCUGCAACUAAAAUAGGUUAUUGGAAAAUAUUCCUGUGCGAUGUGGCACUUUGAUACGUGAAAAUGCUUUUAGUUUACUCCAAUCCUGUUUUAUUUUCAGUUUCAUAGUUGAUUCGUAUUACAGGUGGUUUAUUAAAUAAUAGAGAUGCAAUGUACAUUGUUUUCUUAUAUUACAGAAAAUGCUUGUUUUAUGUAUUUAUGUAGGUAUAAAUGUCACUUUGUUGCACAUAAAUUUUAAGUAUUAUUUUGUUUUGAGUUGUAAUUCGGACCCAUCUAACUCGCGUGUUACGCAGACGCUAAGAUAGUUAGAUAGAUAUAGAAGAUAGCUAAGAAGUUUUUUAUGAGUAAUUGUGGAUUUAAUAAAAGUUCCACUAAAAGUAACACAUUGUCCAUAAUUAUGAAACGCAAUCAAAUACUUAUACUGUAGCACUUUCUCAAUAUAUUUAACUUUUUUAAACUUUUCAGCCUUUAAAAAAAAUUCACACACCCCUUUCGUUUAGUGAGCGGUAUGAUAUUAUUUUUUAUUUCACAAGCAUCACGGUGAACAUUUAGAAAUUAUAAUAGUUUUUUAUCACUUUGUGUAAAUAAAUAUGUGUCAUAAUUUAAGCUAAAUUUCUCAUAUUUUUAUAAUCCUAUUGAACUAAACUUAAAAAUUGGAUGCUAACAAAUUAUACCCCUUAGGUUAAUAAACAAUACCAAUAGUAAUAAACACCAGUAUAUACUCGUACGUCUUAUCACUUCUACAAUUUGUCAAAGUAUUUUUUGUUUGUAGCUUUAUAAAUAUGCAAGUAACUGUACUUAAACUACGCCAAAUACAUAUUUUAUUAAAUAAAAUAAUACUAAUUUAUUGUCUACAUAAUGUGAUAAACAAAUUUACUCCGAUGGGUCAUACAUUUGUUAUGUUUUUUGUUAUAUUAUACAAUAAUAAUAGAGGAGUGCCGUAUUGAUAUAACCAACUUCAUAUAACAUGGCGGGAUUCCACUUGAAAUUGCACAAAGAGGACCAUAUUUUAUUAGCAAUUGUUUUACAAGAUAAUACCACCAUACGCUGACUUUAAAGAGCAGACUCUUCA